GGGUUUUAAAUUCCUCAGUGCAAUGUUACUUUAGCAUAUACUCUGACUACCCUCGCCAUUAAUCUUGCCAUACCUUCAUUCUCUGCCCAUCUCUUCAUUUACAAGAACACAUUUUCUUCCUCCUAAUUUCACCAAUAUUUGUAUACCCAAUGGGGAGAUCACCAUGCUGUGACAAAGUGGGGUUGAAGAAAGGACCAUGGACACCAGAAGAAGAUCAGAAGCUCUUAGCUUACAUUGAAGAACAUGGCCAUGGAAGCUGGCGUGCCUUGCCUUCCAAAGCUGGUCUUCAACGAUGUGGGAAGAGCUGCAGGCUUCGAUGGACUAAUUACCUCAGGCCUGAUAUCAAGAGAGGAAAGUUUAGUCUCCAAGAAGAACAAACCAUCAUUCAGCUCCAUGCCCUUUUAGGGAACAGGUGGUCUGCUAUAGCGACUCAUUUGCCGAAGAGAACAGAUAACGAGAUAAAGAACUACUGGAACACUCAUCUUAAGAAGAGGCUAGCCAAAAUGGGGAUCGAUCCCAUCACUCACAAGCCCAAAUCCGAUGCUUUACUCUCCGGUACUGAUGCUCAUCAAUCCAAGAAUGCUGCAAACCUUAGCCAUAUGGCUCAGUGGGAAAGUGCUAGGCUUGAAGCCGAAGCUCGAUUGGUUCGUGAAUCAAAGCUACGUUCGUUUCAAAAUCGCCUCACUCGUCCAACAACAACAGGCUUUCCUUCAUCAGCUUCGGCUGCUCAGCUUGUGAAUAAGGCAGCUUGGAAUGGUGUUAACAAUGGUGGAUUUUGUGACCUCGAGUCACCUAAAUCAACCCUCACUUCCUCGGAAAACGGGAUCGGACCGAGUACGAUGCCGAUGACAGAGUUUGUUGGCACCGCAUCGGCUUCGUCCGAGACCGGAAUCAUCAAACAAGAAGGUGAACAAGAAUGGAAAGGAACUAAUUUGGCUAUGGACAACAUUAAUCCUCUAUCGUUCACUUCAACAAGCAUCCAUGACGAUAUCGGAAACACAAUGGAAGAUGGGUUCAUUAACCUUCUUCUCAACGAUUCCAGCGACCCCAGUUUAUCCGAUAGUGGCAAAGAAUCCGAUGGAAGCGAGGAUCACUGUGAAGAAGACAACAACAACAACUAUUGGAACAGCAUCUUUGAUUUGGUGAAUUCUUCCUCAUCGGUUUCACCAAUGUUCUAAACAACUGCAAACACGUUUCAGAUGAUCAAUACUUUUGUCACACAAAGUAACAGCGUUGAGGACCUCGCUUCACUUCAUCAAAAAAAAAAGUACAGUGUAGCUACCAUUAAAAGUUGAUAGGGUUUUAACAUGCGUUUGAGUUCAAUUCAAUGAUGCUUUCAGUUGAA